UUUUAUCACUUGGGCCUUGGUCAGAUUACUAGUGGGCCAAAAAUUGGCGGGCUAGCAGCGGAGGGGGCGGCGACAGUCCGAUUCUCAAUCUGAAAAUCGGAUUCUUCCUCACAAAACCACAGCGCCGGUUGCUGAAAAUCCGAUCCCCAAUCUCGGUUAUAGACAUGGCGUUGAAGUUCUUGAACAAGAAAGGAUGGCACACUGGCAGUCUCCGGAACAUAGAGAACGUGUGGAAGGCAGAGCAAAAGCAUGAGGCCGAGCAGAAGAAGUUGGACGAGCUUCGCAAGCAGAUCCAGGAGGAGAAGGAGCGCCAAGAGUUUCGUCUUCUCCAAGAACAGGCCGGCCUUGUUCCUAAGCAGGAGAGAUUGGAUUUUCUUUACGAAUCGGGUUUGGCGGUCGGGAAAGCUAGUAGUUCCGAUGGAUUUAAGAGCCUCGAAACCCUACCUAGUUCAUCUACUGCUGCGGCUGCCACUGAACCAUCUAGUUCCAAGGAAGCCGCUGUCCCCGGAGCUCUGUUUGAGGAUAAACCUCAUUCUGCCAAUGACGCAUGGAGGAAGCUCCAUUCUGAUCCUUUGCUCAUCAUUCGGCAGCGUGAGCAACAAGCUCUUGCACGCGUAAAAAACAAUCCUAUUCAGAUGGCUAUGAUUCGCAAAACUGUUGAAGUGGAAAAACACAAGGAAAAAAAUCCUGAUGGCAAAAGAGAACGGAAGAAGCACCGCCAUAGUAAAUCUAAACGCCAUAAAGAUUCUUCUUCAGAACGAGAUUAUGAUUCUGAAGAUGCAAGCCCUGAGAGGCAGAGAAGGAAACAUGAUCAUGAAAACAGUUCAAAACAUGAUGCCCAUUCUCAUUUAGAAGAUAGAAGAAGCAAAGCAGAUUCUAAGAACGAGAGGGAUCGUGAUAGAGGUUCAAAAUAUGCUGCACGAACGACCUAUGAUCAGUCAGAUCGAAGGACAUCCAAAAGCAAUCCUCAUGAUUCUGCAGCAGAGAGACAUCAUGACAGAUCGAGGAGAGACAGAGAUUCUUAUGCUAACAAUGAGAAGAACAGCAGAAGAGUGGGGGAACCGAGAUCUUAUGGAUCCAAUGCUUCUGAAACUCACGAGUCACGCCACAAGCAUCGUAGGCCUGCUACAAAGCUUUCAGAAGAAGAGCGUGUAGCUAGAUUGCAUGAAAUGCAGCAGGAUGCCGAGUUACAUGAAGAGCAACGAUGGAGGCGUUUGAAGAAGGCAGCUGAGGAUGAUGCACUGGAAGCCAAACAAAAUGCAGCGCCCUCGAGCCGAAAUUUCUUGGACACUGCUCAGAAACGCAUGUAUGGUGCUGAGAAGGGAGGAAGCUCAACAAUCGAGGAGAGUAUUCGCCGUAGGACAUAUUAUUCACAGGGUAAAUCUGAAAUUGAAGCCAAUGCUUUUAGACGGUAAUGUACAUCACUUGUAUACUUUGCUUCUGGUUAUUGUAUAAUUUGUCUUCAUAAGAAGUGCUUCUUCAUUUAUCAAUGUGAUCAGAUUUGAUUCAUGUUGAUUAGAUUCAUAUAUGGUUUGUUUAAAUUAAAUUGUUGUAUUUUCUAUUGAUAUUGUGAAUAUCAACUUAUCUUGCCUUGC